CAUUCACUCCUUGAUACACCCGAGGCUCGCUCUUUUCCCCCCCCCCAAUAGUCUCUCCCACUCAAAGCUUCCUGGAGAACUUGCCGUCACUCUUUUAGACAUAUAACACCGCCGAAAAAACUAAUUUUACAACACCAAACCCCCCCGUUCGCCACACUUCGUCCGACAUCAUGGCCUACGCUCAGCCUGACGAACACUUCUUCAUCGAGACCGAUGAGCCCCAGUCCAGUACUCGCGCCCGGGAGACCGCCAAGAUGCUCGCGCGCAGCCGACAAGAGACCAUUGCCUGCGAGCUCUCUCGUCUUGCCGGCGAGGAGUACCUGGGAGACAUCAUGAAGCAUAUGCGACACAUGGAGGACGAGACUCUUCCCGAUGCCAACCUCAUCGAUAUGCAGCGUGAGAUCCAAUGGUUUAUGCGCCCGUACCUCAUCGACUUCCUCAUCGAGGCCCACGCCGCCUUCGCCCUGCUGCCCGAGACACUGUUCCUCACCGUCAACCUGCUGGACCGGUACUGCUCACGCCGUGUGGUGUACAAGCAGCACUACCAGCUCGUCGGCUGUGCCGCUCUUCUCAUCGCGGCCAAGUACGGCGACAAGAAGGACCGCGUGCCCCAGAUUCAUGAACUCAACAACAUGUGCUGCGGCCUGUACGACGCCGGCAUGUUCACCCAGAUGGAGAUGCACGUCCUCAACACCCUGGAAUGGACCAUUGGCCACCCCACCGUCGACUUCUUUACCCAGCUCAUGGCUGCCGAGGAGCAGGACGACAAGGAGGUGGAGCACAUGGCCGCCUACCUCUGCGAGAUUGCCCUGUACCACCGCGAUUUCGUUUCGACCAAGUCCUCCAUCAUGGCUCGCUCCUCAUUAGCCUUGGCCAGGGCCAUCCUGGGAAGGCCCGAGAUCAACGACGGCGACUGGGACCACACCGAGAACCUGACGCUCUUGACCCUUUCUCAGCACCUCAACCAGCCCUCGCCGACCCUGGCCCGCAAGUACUCUUCAUCAUCCCUGUCCAAGGUUUCCCAGAAGCUGGCCGACUUCAUGGCCGAGCAGGCCGCGAUGGCACGGCUCCAGGCCAACCCCCAGUCGCCCCCUGCCGAGCCUGUCUCAAGGCACUCCGACAUCUACAGCACCCCCCAGAAGGGCCACGGCGCUGCCGCCGGGUUCGACGGCUACCUCACGCCUCCCAUCACCCCCGACAACGCCUACGGAAACACGGCAAAGGUGGACUCAUACCACCAGCUGCCACCCCGAUGUCCAGUCACGCCAACUCCCCAGAGCCAUUCUUCUUCAUAUCCCCAACACGUGCAGCAGUACGCUGCCUUUGUGAACCAGCACGGUAUCCACCAACAAUAGGAGAUUUGGUGGCGCAUACCUUUGGCAUUGGUCGAUUAAUCCAGCACACGCUUCUUUCCUCUCUCCUUGUCCGCAUUCACUUGCGGAUGGGAGGGACGUUCAUGUUUCAAACUUCGAGGUCAUGGCUUUGGACUCUCAGUCCUCCAAGCAAUCACAUUCAAACUUGAUGGUCAAUUCUCCAGAAUGAUCUGUCUCAUAUCUACGUCAUGGCAUUUAGCGAUUGAUUUUUAAUUCCAAUUUUUUUCUCCCAAAUCCUUUUUUAUUUCUCCAGUUCAUCUUCGCAGUCAAAUCUUUCAGCAAGUCUCUUAUGGCACCAAAAAAAUGGAACGCGGAUCAUACCCAAAUUUUCCUCGAAUCGUUUUUUAUCUGACAUUUUGUUUUCUAUUUUUUUUUUUCAGCUUCUGCGCUUCUGGGCGCUUUGCGUGGUUUCCACGGGCAUGGAGCACGCCUACAUGGAUCCAGGAGUUGCGCGGCUCCCUAUCCAGAGGGAGGCCUAUGUUGCGGUGGAUAUAGUAUUGAAGGGGGGAUAGAGGAGUUGAAAGGGGGAUUCGGCCAGCCUUGAGAACCGGGGAGGAACGAGGACUCUUCAGAAUGCACAGUGGCCCCCUUGGAGGAGAAGAAAAAAAGCGUCUUAAGAAUACCACGGAGCGGAGGUGGAGAGUAGGUGCGAGAAGCAGCCGGAAGGUCUUUUUCUUUUCUUUUCUUUUCUUCUUUCUUUUCUGAACAACCCCCGUUUUCGACUUUCGGAUCUGAUCUCUACUUGGCGUCUGGGAGGAAGAACAUGGGCUUUGUUGCAAGGCAAGGCUAUUGGUUUAUAAUUCUUCUCGAUACAAGAGCAGAUUGGAAAGGCGGCGGACGGAUUGAUACCCAUCGGUCUCUUCUGGAAAGAAGGGGUUUGGACAAGGUGCUGUUUGCCGCCUGUUGGUUGGUCGAAGGAGGCGGCACAAGAUGCGCAUGGUGAUACAUGCAUGCAUGCAUGGGCUGCUGCCCUAGGUUAUCAGCCUGUUUUUUUUCGCAUUAUCAUCUCCGCUCGGCCUGUACAUAUGAGGUAGUGCGAACAGGC